AUGGUGAACGAGGACAAAUGGGAGCUGAAGCCGCAUCCCGUGAUUCCCCGCGGGAAGCCGCUCGUGCUUAUGAUCCUCGACGGGUGGGGAGAGAAUGUCGAGGACGACUAUAACGCGAUCUACAAGGGCAACUGCCCGCACAUCAAGGCGCUGCGCGAGAACCGCCCUAACCGCUGGCGCACGAUCAAGGCGCACGGCAAGGCCGUGGGGCUGCCGAGCGACGGCGACAUGGGGAACUCGGAAGUGGGGCACAACGCCAUGGGCGCGGGGAAGGUCAUCAACCAAGGAGCGGCUCUGGUGGACACGGCGCUCGAGACGGGUGACAUGUACAAGAGCGACGGCUUUAACUACGUCAAGGAGGCGUGGGACAACGGCGGCACGCUCCACAUGAUCGGCCUGCUCAGCGACGGCGGGGUUCACUCGCGCUACGACCAGGUGAUCGGCACCAUCCACGGCGCGUGGGAGCGCGGCGCGAAGCGCGUGCGCGUGCACGUGCUGACGGACGGUCGCGAUGUGCCGGACGGGUCGUCGCUGCAGUUUGUGGCGCAGCUGGAGAAGGAUCUCGAGCUGCUGCGCGCGCAGGGCUGCGACGCCAAGAUCGCGUCUGGUGGCGGGCGCAUGCGCGUCACCAUGGACCGUUACGAGGCGGACUGGAAGAUCGUGGAGCGCGGGUGGCACGCGCACGUGCUGGGCGAGGCGCCGUUCAAGUUCAAGUCCGCCCUGGAGGCGCUCAAGAAGAUCAAGGAGGACGACCCGAGCGUGAACGACCAGUACUACCCGCCGUGGGUGAUCGUGGAUGACGAGGAGAAGCCCGUUGGACCGAUCGUGGACGGCGAUGCCGUUGUUAUCUGGAACUUCCGUGCGGAUCGUGUGAUUCAGAUCUCCAAGGCCUUUGAGUACCCAGACUUCCAUCAGUUUGACCGCAUCCGCGUGCCCAAGGUGCACUUUGCAGGCAUGAUGCAGUACGACGGCGACCUCAAGCUGCCCGCAAAGUUCCUCGUCGCGCCGCCCGUCAUCGAAAACACCUCCGGGCAGUACCUCGUGAAGAACGGCGUGCGCACUUUCGCAUGCAGUGAGACGCAGAAGUUUGGGCACGUGACAUUCUUUUGGAACGGCAACCGGUCGGGCAAGCUGGAUGACGAGCUCGAGACCUACUACGAGGUGCCCAGCGACAACUGCCCCUUCAACGAGAAGCCCAAGAUGAAGGCGCGCGAGAUCGCGGCUGCGUGCAAGGAUGCGAUUCUGUCGGGGAAGUACGACUACAUUCGGCUGAACCUGGCGAACGGUGACAUGGUGGGGCACACGGGUGUGUUCGACGCCGUGCUGGAGGCGUGCGAGGCGGUGGACGGCAGCGUCAAGGAGCUGCUGGAGGCGGUGGAGCAGGUGGGCGGCAUCUAUUGUCUGACAGCAGAUCACGGGAAUUGCGAUGACAUGGUGCAGCGCAACAACAAGACCCACAAGCCCAUCCUCGGCCCCGACGGCACCCCAGAGCCCCUCACCUCGCACACCCUCGCCCCCGUUCCUAUUGCCAUUGGUGGUCCCGGGCUGCCAGCCAACAUCAGGUUCCGGCAGGACAUGCCGAAUGCAGGCCUUGCCAAUGUUACAGCCACUUACAUAAACCUGCUCGGAUUCGAGGCUCCUGAGGGCUAUGAGCCAUCUCUGCUCGAGGUCGCUCCCUAG